UCCGCCUCUGUGAAAACCGCGCCGCUAGGCCAGGCCUGGGCGGAGCAUCCAGCGGCCGGCUGGGAAGGUUGCGUCGGAGUACGUGGUUGGCCAGGCUGCUGUGGGCGUUAGGCGGACGUGCGGAACCUACAAAGAUGGCGGUGCAGGUGUUGCAAGCUGUUCAAGCGGUUCAUCUUGAGUCUGACGCUUUCCUAGUUUGUCUCAACCAUGCUCUGAGCACUGAAAAGGAGGAGGUGAUGGGUCUGUGUAUAGGGGAGUUGAAUGAUGACAUAAGGAAUGACUCCAAAUUUACAUACACUGGAACUGAAAUGCGCACAGUUGCAGAAAAGAUGGAUACCAUCAGAAUUGUUCACAUCCAUUCUGUCAUCAUCUUGCGACGUUCUGAUAAGAGAAAGGACCGUGUAGAAAUUUCUCCAGAGCAGUUGUCUGCAGCCUCAACAGAGGCAGAAAGGUUGGCUGAACUAACAGGCCGUCCCAUGAGAGUUGUUGGCUGGUAUCAUUCCCAUCCUCAUAUAACCGUUUGGCCAUCCCAUGUUGAUGUUCGUACACAAGCCAUGUACCAAAUGAUGGAUCAAGGCUUUGUAGGACUUAUUUUUUCCUGUUUCAUAGAAGACAAAAACACAAAGACUGGUCGGGUACUCUACACUUGCUUCCAAUCCAUACAAGCCCAAAAAAGCUCAGAGUAUGAAAGAAUUGAAAUCCCAAUCCAUAUUGUGCCUCAUAUUACUAUUGGGAAAGUAUGCCUUGAAUCAGCAGUUGAGCUGCCAAAGAUCCUGUGUCAGGAAGAACAGGAUGCAUACAGAAGGAUUCACAGCCUUACACAUCUGGACUCAGUAACCAAGAUCCAUAAUGGCUCAGUGUUUACCAAGAAUUUGUGCAGCCAGAUGUCAGCAGUCAGUGGGCCUCUACUACAGUGGUUGGAGGACAGAUUGGAGCAAAACCAGCAGCAUUUGCAGGAGUUGCAACAAGAAAAGGAAGAGCUUAUGGAGGAGCUGUCUUCCCUAGAAUAAAGCAAGAGGACAAAAGCGCGGGCAGCUGAAGAUAACGGGUAUACAAUUUAUUAAACUAAAUCAAUUUUGAAAAAUAUAAAGUUGGAGGACCCACAUUUUAUAACUUCAAGACUUAUAUAACUUCAAGACUUACUAUGAAGCUGCAGUAAUCAAGAUACUAUGAUAUUUGCAGAAGAACAUAUGUAUAAAUCAAUGGAACAGGAAAUAAAAUUCAGAAAUAAGCACACAAUAAUAUGCUUAACUAAUUUUGAAAAAGUACAAAGUGAUCAAGAAGAAAGGACAGUCAUUUCAACAAAUUGAAUUUCCACAAGCCAACAAAAUACAUUCUAAAAGUCCCUCAAAAUGUGUCAUGUAUUUAAAUGUAAGGUGGAAAACUUAAAAAAAAAAUCAUUUAAGAAAAAUUUUCAGGAGUCAGGUACUUAAUCUUCAACUCAAAAGCACAGUCUACAAGAAAAAAGUAAAUAUUUAGACUUCAUCAAAAUUAAAACUUUUUAUUCUGCAAAGUAUUAAGAAGAGGAAAGGCAAGAAAUUACUUCCAACCCAUGUAAUAUCUGAUCAAUGGAAAAGAUAUGCUCAAAACUCAAAAAUAAACAAUUCCAUUAGAAAAUAAAAGAAGACAUAAACAUUGUCACUAAAGAGGAUAAAUAGAAGUAAUUAUGUGAAAAUAUAUUAACCCUCAUAAGUCACUGGGAAGUGCAAAUUAAAACUACAGUGUGGUAUGGUAUAUACUUAAUCAUAAUUGCUAAAGAGGAAAUAGUAAAAAUGCCAAAUACUGUUGAGGAUGUAGACUAGAUUUCUCAUACAAUGACAGGAUUGUAAAAUACAGCUACUGGGUAGAAGAGUUUGGAAAUUUUUAUAAAGUUAAACGUAUACUUAACAUGACCCAGCAGUCACACUGUCUUUGCACAAAAACUUUUUACAAAAUGUUUCUUGGCAGCUUUAUUUGUGGUAGCUGCAAAUUAGAAACAACCCAAAUGUUCUGUAGUGGGUAAAUGUUUAAAUAAGCCAUUCUUACCAUGGAAUUCUACUCUGUAGUGGAAAGGAACACAUUGCUAAUAUCUGUAUAAUUUAGAUGAGCCUUGGGGCAUAUAGUAAAUGAAAGAAAAGCAAGUCUUAAAAAGGUCACUUACUGCCAGGCAGUGAUGGCACACGUCUUUAAUCCCAGCACUCAAGAGGCGGAGGCAGGCAGAUCUCUGAGUUUGAGGCCAGCCUGGGCUACAGAGUGAGUUCUAGAAAAGGCUCCAAAGCUACACAAAGAAACCCUGUCUCAAUGCCCCCCCCCCAAAAAAAAGGUCACUUACUGUAUGGUUGUAUUUCUAGAGCAUUGUUGAAAUGUUAGAAUUAAUGAAAAGGAAGAACAGAUUUCCAGAGUCAGGGACUAGACAUUGUAUAGCAUAUGUAUUAUUAUUGGAGUGUGACAUAAGAGUUCAUUUAGGCUGAUGAAGCAGUUUUAUAUCUUAAAUUUAGUGUUUAGUACAUAAAUAUGUUCCUGUGCUAGCAUUUUAUAGAUUUAUAUAUAGAAAAAUCAAUGCAUGUAAAAUCUAGUAGAAGUGAAUAAAGUCUGUAGUCUACUUAGCAGUAUUAUACCAUUACCAUAAUAUUGGUUUUGAAGUUCUACAGUUGAAGAUCUUACUAGGACAAACCAUUCCUCCUAAAGUCACCAAUAACUUCCACAUAGUCAAACUUAUAUUCUUUUUUGAAAACUGCCAUUAAUAAACCUCUGGCUUGACACAGUUAGUCAUUUUUCCAAAUCUACCACUUUGUUAUCAUAUAUUUUAUUAUUUCCUAUCUGUUCCUUCUAAAAUUCAUUCAUAAGCUUCUCCAUGAAGUUAUAAACAAAUCCAUUUCUCUCUCUACAUCUCUGAACUCCAGACUUAGAUUUCUAGCUGCCCAUUAUAUAUUUCCACUGGGCAGUCUUAUUACCACAUUGAAUUUGAUAAAUUUUAACAUGUUUCUGGCCCAACCUAUAUUAUUUUAUAUUUCUUACCUUAGUGAAGGGAAGCAUCCAUGUGCACAAAUUGGAAUUCAAAUAGGCAACCUCAACAUCUUUGUCACCUUUUAAACUGUUUGCACUGUUACAGAGUUCUAGCAAUUUGGAUUUCUUUUAAAUAAUUAGAGUUGGAAUGUAUAGAAUAGGUAUGUGUGAGGAGGAAUGGGCAGAUGGGGUAUCAUGGUGCCUAGUGUCUGGAGUUACUUUAUGAAGGCAUAAGAGUUCUUAGCCUUGUAGCAGCAGGACAGGAACAAGAUUUAGUGAAAGAUGUCCUGUGUCAGUACCCUCACAGUGAAGCAGAGACAAUGAUCCCUUUCAUUAAAUAAAAUGAUUGAGCAAAUAAGUAAAGGCAUUGAGGAAAAUUGGAGCUAGUUUUUUCAUGCUUGAGACUUUUUUUUACAGAUAUGUGAAAAGGAAAGAUAAAAUUACCCCCAUGAUGUUAAAUGGAAAUAGAAAGUUAACAUGAUUGUUUUAAAAGGGAAUUAUGUGUAUUAAUUGAGAGAAUGAUCAUUUUAUCUGUAUACCUCCAGUUCUUACCUCUGCCCAUUAAGAGGGAAUAGAAAUGGUACUUCAGUAGCUAAUGAGCACUCCUGCUACCAAGAUGCUAGACUUCAAAUACUGUUCUCCACUAACAGUGAAUUGAAUUGACUCCAGAAAUGAAUGCAUAUGUAUAUGGUAAACUGAUUUUUAACAAAAAUACCAAGACAGUUGAAUGGGGGAAACCAUAGUCCUUUCAACAGCUGGUGACUUGUCAACUAAAUAUCUGCACAGAAUAAUGAAGGUGGACCCCUACCCCAUAUCAUGUAUGAGUGUUAAUUAAAAUGUAUUAAAGAUUUAAAUGUAAAAACUUGUAACUAUUAAAAUAUUAAAACAUCAUUAAAUCUUUAUUACUUUGGUUUUAGCAAUGGCAUUUUAGAAAAAACACAAAAAGAUAGUUGUUAGACCUGAUGAAAAUUUAGAAAUGUACAUCAAAAACAUUAAAAAAAUGAAAACUCAGAAAAUGGGCCAAAACAUUUAUAAAUAACAUAUCUAAGAAUCUAGUAUCCAGAAUAUAUAAAGAGCUCAGACAACAACUGCAAAAAAGCAACCCAAUUCAGAAGUGGACAAAUACCACUUGAUACUUACAUUGAAUAAAAAUGUAUAACCAGUCUUCUGGAAAAAUGAUAGACUAGCAGCUGUGUGACCUAAUGAAGAGUGAGAAUAAAAUAAAAUAUUUCAAUGAGAGGAAGGGCUUUAGAAAUUCACAAAGUUAGCAAUCUUAAAAAUUGGAAAAGAGAUGGGUGUUGCACUGGAAAGCAGCCAAGCUGAACGCAGCUCCACCCUCAUUACUCUCUGGCAGGGGGAAGAGAAGCAGAAGUGUGGUGGUAUUGUGUUCCCCAAAAUAUUGUGUACCUUAAUAAACUUAUCUGGGGUCAGAGAACAGAAAAGCCACAAGAUACUUAGGCUAGAAAAUGUUAGCACACGCCUUUACUCCUAGCACUCCAGAGACAGAAAUCCCUCUGGAUCUCUGUGAGUUCAAGGCCGCAUUGGAAACAGCCAGGCAUGGUGACUCAUGCCUUUAAUCCCAGAAAGCAGCUUUUAAUCCCAGGGAGUGGUGGUAGAAAGCAGAAAGGUUUGUAAGGCGUGAGGACCAGAAACUAGAAGCAUUUGCCUGGUUAAGCAUUUUGGCUGGUUAAGCAUUCAGGCUUCUAGCAGCAGUUCAGCUGAGAGCCAUUGGGAUGAGGACACAGAAACUUCCAGUUUGAGGAAACAGGACCAACUGAGGAAUUGGCAAGGUGAGAUUGCUGUGGCUUGUUCUGUCUCUGAUCAUCCAGUGUUCACCCCAAUAACUGGCUUCAGGUUUGAUUUUAUUAGUAAGACUCUUUAACAUUCAUGCUACAUCGAAGCCUCCUUCAACAGGUAAUCUAGGCCACAUUGAGGAAAAUAGAUGGGUAGUUCUCCCUUCAGAACACUCCUAUAGCCCGUGCAAACCUCAAAUCCUGUUGGAGGUUUGGUGAGACAGUGAUUCCUCUGUUGGAUGGGUCAGCAGUGGAGAGGAAAGCCAUUUUGCCACUUGGUAAGACUUCAGAGCAGUAGCCUAGUGCUAUCUUAAGAAAACUUAAAAACUGAGCUACCCGUGGGCAAGAGAACAGGAAACAACCACAAACCAGGGAUCCUAAAUUUAACAUGCCUCAGCUCCAGAGAGAGAGAGAGAGAUUUGGAGGCAGUUGCAGGGAGUGGAAUGGCUGGAUACUAACAAGUCAAAAAGGACAAGAAGCUCUCAUCUCAGUAAAUUUCAUAGGGAAAAGUAUCUUCUCCCUCAGUGGUCAAGAACAGACCUCACCUGUGAAUAACCCUGGAGUAUGAUAGUUCUGAGGUGCAGGUGAGUGGAUAAAACAACUUCUAGGACCACAUACCGCCAUUCACUACUAUAGUCUGAGAAUUCAGAAGCUCCAGGGGUCUACUUGAAAUUCAUGGCUACAUCCCUUCCUCACGGAGAGAUGUAGGGAGUCUUAAAAGCAUAAAGACAUAUCUUUCUCCCUGUAACAGAUCUUAGUGCUGUAACUGUUUCCCAUACUUCCAACAAACUUGAGAGACAUUCUCUAGGUAGAAAAUUAGUCAUCCCAGAAAUUACAAUCUGAGGAGUAUUGGGCAGGUGGAAGAACCUGUCCAGCCCACAAAUUGUAAAGUUAAGAGUGGCCAGCCAAGAACCCUAUUAUACAACAAAGAAAAGCUACUAAAGUGAAAAAACUGUUUUCAAAUAUUAAGAAAGUCCAAUAUAGUUUUAACAGGAGCAAAAAACACAGGAAUGAUAAAAGAUCACAUGUUCAGCUGAUACCACCUGCCUAAUACUCCACAAAUUGUGCCCUUUCAUAUUCAUCUUAUUUUGUUUGCACAUAUUUUUCAUUAUUGAACAAUGUUUUCCUUUCCCUUUUUCCUUUCUGACCUCUGUGCUUCCACACUUUUUUUCAUUCUGCUAUACUCUUUUGUAGUACUAUGACUUUGCUUAUUGGUUUAUUUUUCAAACUCUUUAUUUACUGUGUAUGUAUGAGUGUGCAUGAUGACUGUGGGUACACAUGCCACAGUUCAUGUGUGAAGGUCAGAGGACAACUUUAUAAAAAUGGCUGUCUCCUUUUACCUUUACAUUCCAGGGACUGACCUUGAGCUUCCAGGAAGAUGAAGACUCAUUUUUGCAAGUUUGUUCAUUGAUUUCUGGUUGAUUGAAUUGUUUGUUGUUUUCUUUCUUCACUAUUAGUAUUUGGGGGUUGCUUGUUUGCUUAAGGAUCACCUGAUCAUUUCAAUAGAUGCAUAAAAUGCUUUUUAAAAAGUUCAAUAUCCAAAAAACCCUUCAAUAUCUACUCAUGAUAAAAUUCCCUGAAGGAACUGGGAAUAGAAUGAACAUAAUUUGACAUGGUAAAGGCUUUAUUCAAUAAGCCUAUAGCCAACAUGAUACUAAAUGUUGAAAACUGAAAGCACUUCUGCUAAAGUAAGGAAUAAAACAAGGGUGCUCACUCUCGUCAAUGUUAUUCGAUAUAACAGUUAAAGUCUUAGCUAAAGCUGUAAGAUAAGAGAAUAAAAUAAAAGAAUACAAAUAGGAAAGAAAUCAAAUUAUUCGUAUUUGCAGAUAAUAUGAUUCCAUUUUUCAAAAACCCUAAGUACAUCACUGAAAAACUCUUAGAACCAACAAAUAUUUUCUGCAAAGUAGUAGGGCACAAAAUAUGCUGGAUUGUUUUAUGUUAGCUUGACAUGAGAUAGGAUCAUUUAGGAAGGAAUCCUCAAUCAAGAAAAUGCCCCUACCAGAUUGACCUGUGGGUAAGGCUGUGGGGCAUUUUCUUAAUUAAUGGUUGAUGUUGGUGGGCUCAUCCCACAGGAGAUAGUGCCACCCUAUGGAGGGUGGUCCUUGAUAGUAUAAGAAAGCAGGCUGAGCAAACCAUGAGGAACAAACCAGUAAACAGUGUUCUGCCAUGGUUUCUGCCUCAGUUCCUGAAUCUAGGUUCCUGCCUUGAGUUCCUGUCCUGACAUCCCCCAGUGAUGGAGUAUGAUUUGAGAUUUGUAGAUGAAAUAAACCCUUAAUUCCCAAGCUAAUUUUGGUCAUGAAAUUUUUUUUUCACUGCAAUGGAAACCCUAACACAAAAUGAACACACAAAAAUCAGUAGCUAUUCAUAUACCUUGAUGAACCUGUUGAGAAUGAAGUCAGUCUAGAAAAAAUCUCAUUUAAUAUACAAAAAAAUGAAUAAGUAAGAAAUAUAAAUAUAAACCAGGAGGUAAAACAUGAUGAAAACUUUGUCACUGAGGAAAGAAAUUGAAGACAAAAGUAGAAGAUGUAAAGACUUCUCAUGCUUGUGGAUUGUCAAAAUUAAUAUUGUGAAGAUGGCUGUGUCUUUGAAAGUGGUCCUUAGGAUUCAACAAAAUCUCUAUUAAAGGUCCUAUGUUAUUCCUCACAGAAUCAAGAAAUGAAAGAGAGAGAGAGAGAGAGAGAGAGAGAGAGAGAGAGAGAGAGAGAGAGAGAGAGAGAGAGAGAGAGAGAGCAAUCUUAUGUUCAACUGUCAACACUAGAGGGGGCGGGGAGCUGGAAAGCUCAAGUCCUUUUAGAACUGAAUGUACUUGCUGAUGUCUGUAAUCCCAGCAUUCAGAAGACUGAUGUAGAGGGAUUGUUGUUGAGGCCAGCCUGAACUACAGAAUGAGAUCCUUAGUUUUUUUUUUUUUUAAGAAGGCCUUACACUGUUUGGAAAAACUUGCAGUAAAAGUUGUUUUAAAAUUAGAUCAACAUUGUUUUACCUGUACUCAUACAGUGUUAGAGUUUACCUCUGAUGUUAAUGUUUUCACUGUAAUGACAAAGUUUUGCCUACUGUCUUAAUCUUAAUGAUUAUAGUUGCCACUACCUAAUAACUAAGCCCCAACAAAAUUGGGGUGGCUACUUGCCAAGGAACAUUUCCCAAAACAGUAGGGUAAAUGUUUUGUGCCUCAAAGAAAAGUGACUCUUUUUCACAAAAGAAAAAAACUUUACUUGGUUUAAAAAGAAAAUAAAACUUUCACCAGAUUGGGUCAUUUAUUUUAGAAGAGUGAAGCUUUAUCGUGCUUCUGAGUUCUUGGACUACUGGUGGUGCCUCACUACGAUUAAGACUUUUUCAUGUUACAAUAUUGCUAUUCCAGUGUUAUUUGCUCACUCUAUACAUAAAAUUGAGGUCUUUGAAACUCAUCUUCAGUAUACUUUUGUGUGGGAAAUAUCCUUUAUACCCUUGUGCUUAUGCUAAAAGUACUUAAUGAAUGUUAUAUUCUCAAAGGGAGGUCCUAGCUAUGUGAUGUCUGAAAAGUAGUUUUAGAUGCUGGAGAAAUAGGUCCCACUCUGCUGAUGAAGCUAAUAAAAACGGGAGUGCUUAAAAAAACUAGUUAGCAUGAAGUCAUAGACUUAAGCAUUCCUGUUUCUAUCAGCACUUUAGUACCAUGAUCUUUAUCCCCCACUUCUCUUUCCUGGGGACUUUGUUACACUGAUGUUUCUACACAUACUUGGGCCUGGUUUAAAGAUAGCUUAGCUUACUUAAAGAACAUUGGGUAUGUAACCCUCUCUCAACAUGAUUAAAUAGUUUAUGUAAUUAAGAGGUAUAUUCUCAGAGAAUGGUCAUAUUUAAAAUCUAAAUGGUCUUCUUUAAGUAAGUGUUACACUAGGAUAUAGUCUCCAUUUUCCAGUAAUCUUUUUUUCAGUACUAGGAUGCUACAACUGUGCAGCCUAUGCAAAAAGUAACUCUGUUAGCUGGGUGGGAUUAUUGCAGUACUUACCUCAUAUGACCCCACCCACUAGCACCAUCAAAUGCACCUUUAUUUCAUUUUCUCUGUCUCAUGGACAGUAGCCCAUAGUGAAUUCUGCCAUUUGACAACAGGAUGACUAUCAAGUUUCAUUCUCUGUGGAGUAAACAUUAUAGGAGGAGACUGCACUAAGCAUAUAAGUAUCCCUCUUUUUGUGAGUUUUCCCCUUGGAUAACCAAGACUCAUAUUCCAGUAUAUCAUACAUGUGUGAUAGUCAGUUUGAUAUAUAAAUGUGUUUCUACAAAAUACUUUCUGUCAAGGUAAAAUGUGCAACUUUCAAUAUUCCUUAUUGUGUCUGCAUUAAUAAAAUAUUGAACUAUUUUGGCUCCAGA